AUGGGGUUCUUGAGCAAAGCUCUUUCCAAGGCCGGGAAUGUGGCUCAACAGGCUGCCGCCGAUUAUCAACAUAAGCAGCAGCAGAGGGAUUAUCCUGCUCAACAGUACGGUCAACAGAAUCCGUACCAGCAUCUACAGCCUCAGCAGCAGCAUCACCAACCAUAUCCGCCGUAUCAUCGGCAGCCUGCUCCGGCGCCUGAGCCAGGACCAACUUCAUGGCUUCAGGAUAGCGGCACGUCAGCAGUACCGUAUGUGCCGAUUCCUCCUCAACCAGUAUUGAGCACAUCGAGCCAGCCACCAAUUGCAGCUUCAUCUUCUAGGCCAGACCAAUCCGUAACAGCACAGGGUACCCGUGCGAUUGUCGUACAAGCCUCGGUCCAUCAUGUUUCGGGAACACCAGAGCCACAUCCAUGUGGUAUCACACCCAUCGUGGAGUGUUGCAACACAGAGGUGCUGUUCCCACUCGAUUGGUUUACUCACUCAUCCGCCUCGUCGUUUACAAUAUGUAGUCGCUGCUAUGUCGACUACGUCUACAACUCACCGUUCCGCUGCGAGUUUACAGUGGCGCGCUCUGUCCAAGGUGAAUCUCGACGAUGCAUGUUCGGAUCCCGUCGGAUGAAGGAGACUCUGUGGCCUCAAACCAUCUUAUCAGGAAAUUUGAGCAACGCGCUAGAAUGCAUGAAAACAAGACAAGACCUUCCAGCCUGCCCUGAAAGUCAGCUGCAGCAAAAACGCAACCGGUAUCUAUCCAACGAUAUCCCCGGCGCCACUAUCUGUGAGGCAUGCUUCGAGGAUAACCUCAUCCACACGCCAUUUGGUUGCCGAUUCAAGCUACAGAAAGCGGACACGAUUGCCGAACAGUGGUACUGUGACUUGAGCGUCUGGUUCAUCCCGCGCACACUGGAGGAUAACGUCGGAACAGGAACGUGGAAUAAGUUCUGCGAUGAUGUGAAGGCUCGUUUACAAAUGCCACAAUGCCCCAAGCUGACAAACACCAUUGUCGACCAACGGGGCUGGUAUAUUGCAAGCAGGGGACCGCCAGGACUCCAGGUCUGCCAUACUUGUUUCUGUGACUACUUCUUUGGCACCCCUGCGGCGGACUUCUUUGCUCCCGGGAAACCGGAGGGACCUAACGGCACUGCCAUCUGUGUGAUGGGACACUUGAAUAUCCUAUUAUCGACCAUGAGGGCCUCAAUCAAGCAAGACUGGCAGAUAUUUUGGGAGGCCAUGGAUCAACUUGGGGCGAAUCCCAUCUGUUCUGGAACUGGCACAACCAAUGCCGUGUGGUUCACAACCAAGAACAAUCCUCCUGAUUUCGCGGUUUGCGGCGCUUGCGUCGGCUCCAUCGCCACAGCAUUUGGGGGAGCUCACCACUUCAUACCAAAGCCGGGCACCUCGAGAAGCGAUACAUUUGUCUGCAACUUCAACACUAGAAAGCCGCGGUGGCAGCAAUUUCUGGCAAACUUCAACGAGGUGGUUUUGACCGGGAAGCCAGAUUCGCUGGAAUUAGCUGCCAAAACAUGGGCUGGCGUCCCCUUAUGCCCACGAUAUGAUCUCAAGAAACCGGGCAAGAGAAAGUGGUGGGGAUGGGACGACCUGCAAAUCUGUGAAGAGUGCUACAUCUCCUUUGCUAAGGGAUCCAGAUUUGAGGCCAACUUUCCCAUGCAAGGACUAUUCGUAGAGAAGCCACGCAUUUGCGACUUGUACUCCCCUCGGAUGCGUGGCCUAUACACCGAAGCGUGCCAGAAUGAUACACUGCCUGCUUUACUGGACUUUGCUCACAAGAGAAGGCUUGUAUUCCUCGAGACAAUACCGCACUGCGAGGAAAUUCUAAUGGCGCAGUUUAUGAAGGCGCAGCAGGCCAAGAUGCUGGGAAUCACGGGUUCCUUUUACAAAGCAAUGGGCGGAGCACAGGCUGCAAUCAACGGACAUGAUUACAACGUGGGAAAUGCCCAGGUCGGCUACGGAUGGAAGAAUGAGACGGAGUUCACGGGCGCCAUGUAUGAUCACCAUAUGAGGCAGGUCGCCGGGGAAGUUGGGAACGGAGGGCCAGAGAUGAUGAUCCGGGUUUUGGAACAGCGGUGGAAACAGGUGGAAUAG